CUGCUGCACUGUGUUCACAUCUCCAUGGGGUGUGAGUCAAUCCACAAAGACCGCUCCAUUCUGCUGUCCAGCAGCUCCAUCAGAGACUACGUCCUCUUUGCCUACAGGUCUGGUGGUGAGGCAGCAGUAUUCAGUGCCAGAGGAGGCUCUGUGCUGUCUGUCCUGUCUGCUCAGCAUGAUGCUGCUUCUAUACAAGCUGUGGACAUGACUGAAGACUACCUGCUGCUCUUCUGCAGAUACCCGUACAAGAGGGGCAGUGACAUAAUCCACAUCGAACUCUUCAGCACCGGCUCCUUCCUCUACCUGCGGUCUAUACUGGGCUGCAGCCAGGACUGUAUCUCCCAGGUCUCUGUCAACCGAGCAGGGACUCAUGUUGUGGCCUUUAGCCCCUCCCCCAGUGCUGACAUCACUGAGCUGGUCACCUGGAACCUGGAGACAGAGGACCACAAACACAUCACUCGCUUCCCCGCGCUACUGAUGAAAGGUUUGUUUUUACAGAGAUACCCAAAGAGGUUUUUAUACCAAAGAGGAUUGGGGCCACACUGUAAAAAAUGUCUCUAGAUUUUACGGUGAAAAACUGCUAA